AUUGAUGUUAUUCGAACUAUUCACGAAUUUUCGAUUUCCCUGGAUACGCGAAGAAAAAGAACACACAUGAAAAUAAAAAAAUAGAAAAGGGAGGAAAGAAGAACGGAACGGAAAGAACAAACAAACAAGGGCGGAUGGGCCCCAAACUGGCAAGCUGUAAAAGAAACCGAGUGGACUCGUCAGCGCCACCGAGUUAAGGCGGCGCCUCCGAGUCAAGUAAGCGAUUUUGGAGAAAGAUGGAUGCUAACGAACUGAAAAAAGGUCUUAAAAUCGGAGGGGAGAUAGAGAGAGUGAAUGGGAAGGAACUGAGUUACACCGAGUUCGUGGCAAAGUACCUUGUCAAAAAUCAACCUGUAGUUUUGACAGGUUUAAUGGACGAUUGGCAAGCUUGCGAAGAUUGGGUUAAUGAUCAAGGAAAACCUAAUCUCGUUUUCUUCUCUAAUCACUUUGGAAAAUCACAAGUUCAGGUUGCGGACUGUUAUAAUCAGGAAUUCACUGAUCAAAAAAGGGUAGAAAUGUCGGUUUCUGAGUUCAUUGAAUACUGGUUUACACUAAAUGGAGACAACAAGGAGGCUCAUCACAAUGUUUCAACUGACGGCCGUAGUGAUAAGUCCUUUAUGUAUUUGAAGGACUGGCACUUCGUAAAGGAAUACCCUGAGUACAAGGCAUAUGAAACUCCGGUCUUUUUCAAUGAUGAUUGGUUGAACUUGUACCUUGACGAGUAUCACAUGCAUGAUGAUCCUGAUUACCCGGAGAGGAAUGAAAUUAGUUGCUCUGACUACCGAUUUGUUUACAUGGGACCAAAAGGUACAUGGACUCCUUUGCAUGCCGAUGUUUUCAGGUCAUACAGUUGGUCAGCUAAUGUAUGUGGGACAAAGUUAUGGCUUUUUCUUCCUCCUGCUCAACAUCACCUUGUGUUUGACAGGCAUAUGAAAAGUUCUGUGUAUAAUAUCUUCGAGGAUGUCAGUCAAUCGAAGUUCCCUGGUUUUGAGAAGGCUAUCUGGUUGGAAUGUACCCAACAAAAGAAUGAAAUAAUAUUUGUUCCAAGUGGAUGGUACCAUCAAGUGCAUAAUCUGGAAGAUACAAUAUCUAUCAAUCAUAAUUGGUUCAAUGCUUAUAAUCUUGACUGGGUGUGGAAUUUGCUUGAAGGGGACUACAAUGAGGCUAAGGAGUUGAUAGAAGACGUAAGGGACAUAUGUGAUAAUUUUGAGAGCCUCUGCCAGCGUAAUCUUGCUGCUAAUACAGGCAUGAACUUUGUUGAUUUCUUCACCUUCAUUGUACGCAUUUCUAUUGCCAACUUGCUCCAUCUCUGCAAUCAUCUUGAAGACUGCAAAAAUGAUUCUGCGGCUUUAUGUUCGUGGGCUGAGCAUACUAUAUCAAAUCUAAUGUCUAUUAGGAGAGUUGCUUUAAGAAUGGAAUCUACAAGCUUAGCAGAAGACAAGGGAGUCUUGUUGGAUACCCAAAAGAUCUGGAGGGACCCUUCUUUUAUACAACUAUACUCUGCUCUGAACAGAAUAUUUAAAAAACUUCAUGGAGAAUGCAGUCAUUACUAUGAAGGUGGGGACGCCCUACGGAGUGGUAUCAAACAUGAAGAUCUCUUCACUGCAAUUGGGUCGAUUGUUUCCAAUUCAAGGAGCCUUAUCAACUUAAUUGACUUCAUUCUAAAAGAUUCUACUCUUUUGUUGGAUAAAUUACUGGUUGAUGAGCUCAGAGAAGAAAAGUUAGCUUCUUCAUAAAUUUAUUUACAAUGUUCAGCUUGCAGCGAUAUUGCAAUGGAAAUUAUUUAACAGAAUUUUCAAUGAAGAUAACUUCUAUA